AUGCGUGAGAUGAUGGAGAUGGAAAUCAAUGGAAAACUCAAAUGUUGUUCCGGUUCAGAUGUCUCCAAAAGGAGGAGAAUUUCGGAAUCUGCUGAUAGUCCACUACAUGGAGCCAUUAAUAAUGAGGUAACUAUUAGUUUUCAAGAUGGGCUAUGGCCUGAGUGGUUCCUGAUGGAAGUUGUGUGCAGGCUCCCAAUUAAGAUGGUUUUCCGAUGCAAAAGUGUCUCAAAACUGUGGCUUUCUCUAAUCUCGGAUCCUUCUUUUGUCCUCUUCUAUAACAUCAACUCUCGAGGCUGGCAAGCCUCUUCUUUCUCGGGCUCGGUUUGGCGCCGCCCUCCGAGGGUCGUUAUUUACAACAAAAUGAGUACUGAAGGUUGUGGGAUGACCCUUUUUUCGGAGAAAAAACUAAUGGAUAUUAUGUAUCCUUUUCCAAACUCCCCUUCCCCUAAUUAUUGUGUACUUCCCAUUCCGAAAUAUCAGCAGCAAGGUAAGAAAGGGGGAAUGUAUAUCAUCCAUGCCAUUCACGACGGGCUUGUGCUGUACAAGUGGAUGGGUUUUGGUUACGGCUUAGAUGAGCUGUACAUCUGCAAUCCCAUGACCAACCAGUGGUUUCCACUUCCUGAACCCAAAUAUAUUCCAAAGGGAAAUGACGGCUAUGGUUUCAUCGCACGGGUUGAAGCCGGAAUCUUAACAAGCUACGGGUCGUGCUUGUCCGUUGUCAUCGCCAGAAACAAUUUUUCAUUGAAUUCGAGGUGUUCUGUUCCGAAUAGGAAAAAUGGGUAG